GUGCGAGCGCAGUGCUUCUCUGACCUGGUGCAGGGCACACUCUAGCUCUGUGACCCUUCAGGAUUCCUGAGAUCGUUUUUAGAUGUCCUUUGAGAAAGACGCUUUUGCACUGCCUAACUUAUCUCUUCGAGUGGGACUUCCAUACUGAUUUGGUGCAAUGGAGAAAUUUCUGGUAGAAUACAAGAGUGCAGUGGAGAAGAAAUUGGCUGAGUACAAAUGUAAUACCAACACAGCGAUUGAACUGAAAUUAGUUCGUUUUCCUGAAGAUCUUGAGAACGACAUUAGAACUUUCUUUCCUGAAUAUACCCAUCAGCUCUUUGGAGAUGAUGAAACUGCUUUUGGUUACAAGGGUCUGAAGAUCCUGCUGUACUAUAUUGCUGGUAGCCUGUCAACAAUGUUCCGUGUUGAAUAUGCAUCUAAAGUUGAUGAGAACUUUGACUGCGUGGAGGCAGAUGAUGUUGAAGGGAAAAUUAGACAAAUCAUCCCACCUGGGUUUUGCACAAACACAAAUGAUUUUCUUUCUUUGCUGGAAAAGGAAGCUGAUUUCAAGCCAUUUGGAACCCUACUCCAUACAUACUCAGUUACUUGUCCAACAGGAGGAGAAAACUUUACUUUUCAGAUCUACAAGGCUGACAUGACAUGUAGAGGCUUUCGAGAAUAUCAUGAAAGGCUUCAGACCUUUUUGAUGUGGUUUAUUGAAACUGCUAGCUUUAUUGACGUGGAUGAUGAAAGAUGGCACUACUUUCUAGUAUUUGAGAAGUAUAAUAAGGAUGGAGCUACGCUCUUUGCGACCGUAGGCUACAUGACAGUCUAUAAUUACUAUGUGUACCCAGACAAAACCCGGCCACGUGUAAGUCAGAUGCUGAUACUGACUCCAUUUCAAGGUCAGGGCCAUGGUGCUCAGCUUCUUGAAACAGUUCAUAGAUACUACAUUGCAUCUCCUUCAGUUCUUGAUAUCACAGCGGAAGAUCCAUCCAAAAGCUAUGUGAAACUAAGAGACUUUGUGCUUGUGAAGCUUUGUCAAGAUUUGCCCUGUUUCACCCGGGAAAGAUUAAUGCAGGGAUUCAGUGAAGAUAUGGCGAUACAAGCACAGCAGAAGUUCAAAAUAAAUAAGCAACAUGCUAGACGGGUUUAUGAAAUUCUUCGACUGCUGGUAACUGACCUGAGUGAUGCUGAACAGUACAGAAGCUACAGACUGGACAUUAAAAGACGACUGAUUAGCCCUUAUAAGAAAAAGCAGAGAGAUCUUGCCAAGAUGAGGAAAUGCUUGAGACCAGAAGAGCUGACCAACCAGAUGAACCAGAUAGAAAUAAGUGUGCAGCACGAGCAGCUGGAGGGGCGCUUCCAGGAGCUGGUGGAGGACUACCGGCGUGUCAUUGAGCGGCUCGCUCAAGAGUGACUCGCCCCUGCUCCCCAGGACACCUGCAGAUGGCUGUGCGUUGUGCUGUGAAACUUCUGAUGACCCUAAAGUUAUCUGUUGUUCUCCUUAGUGGAAUAUGCCUUCUGAGAGAUUGUAUAUUUUAAAUACUGUCUAGAGUUUAUGAACAUAUAUUGCAUUAAUAAAAGACGGCUUGUGAAAUA